CCACAUAACAAUAUACAUACAUUUGAUUGGAGUAAUGAGAAAGAGGGGAGACAUGAGGUUCGAGUUGUUUACAAAGAUAUGGAUGAUGAUGGAGAACCAACACCUACUUCAACAGCUAAAGCUCAGUUAUAUGGGGUAGAUGGAAAUCCUCAAGAAUUAGAAGUGCCAAUUCCUGUGAAUUAUUUUAAGCUCUAUGGAUAUUCAUGUUGUCCAUGUUUUAUUCCUCCACCAUGUUCACCAGCAAAUUCACAUAGGUAUUGUUUAGCACUCUUUUCAGCAAGUUUUAUGUUAUCAAUUGUUCAAAUUAUUAUGUUAAUUGUAGAAAUUUCAUUAGAUGGGUUUGAGAAACCAUCAAUUAAUUGGAUGUUAGGGCCAACAUCAAAAGCAAUGAACACUCUAGGAGCGAAGAAUGACUAUGAGAUUAAAUGUAAUUACCAAUUAUGGAGAUUAAUAACUCCUAUUUUUCUUCAUGGAGGAAUUAUUCAUUUACUUUGUAAUUUAACAAUGCAAUUAAGACUUGGGAUGAUUAUAGAACGUAGAUGGAAUUCAUUUAGAUUUUUGAUUGUCUAUUUUGUUAGUGGUAUUAUUGGGAAUUGUUUUUCUAUUAUUUGUCAACCAACAAGUAUUGGAGUUGGAGCUUCAGGUUCGUUGCUUGGAAUAUUUGGAGGAUUUGUUGUUGAUAUUAUAAUCAACAAAAACAAAUUUGAAAACAGGGUAUGGUUAAGUCUUAUUGGAAGAUUAAUGAUAUCAAUAAUAAUUAUCUUUGUAUUUAGUUUUGCACCUGGAAUAGACUAUUCAGCACAUGUCUUUGGUUUUAUGGGAGGAGCAAUUUGUGCCUUUGGACUAUUUGCACAUCAAAACCCUUGGAUAACAAAAAAAUUGUGGAUCAAAAUAAGUAUAUGGAUAAUUUGCCCACUAAUAUGUCUUGCAGUGUUAUUAUUGACAUUGUUAUUAUUAUAUCUUGGAGUACUCAAUGUUGGAAAAUGCAAUUAA